GCCCGCAAGUCCCGGCCGGCUGCGGCGGAGCUCGCGGAACCGGCUCUGCGGAAGGCGGCGGCCGGCGCCGGGACGGUCACAUCGCGCUGCGGGGCCAACCAGGCAGCCGCACUGCCCUCCGCACUGGGGACCGAGGCCAGCGGCCAGGCCGCCCCGGCGACGCCCCCUACUCGGGGCCGGACGCCUGCGCUCGGGGCCCCCGCAGACCCGCCGCCCGCGCGCACCCCGCUCUGCCCCCGGCCCGCGCCGCCCGCCUCGCCGGCCCGCGCCGGGAUGGGGUAGGGACAGCGCCUCCGAGCCGGGCAAUGGGCCGCCCUCUGGGCGCCGAGCAGACCCCGAGGCCUGACCGGCCCGAAGACCGGCGGAGGAGCUCCGCCUGGAUGUCAAGCGCAUGCCCCAGUGUCCCCCAGCGGACUCUGUGGGACCAUGGCUUCGCUGAUGCCCCUCUCCUCAUAUCUGAGCCCCACGGGCUUCGUGAGAGCAGCAACAGAAUGGCCCCAGGCAGGGGCAGCGUGUGAUCCGGGAGUGAACACCACCACCAGGGCCUGUGCACUCUGGGGCCUGGCUGAGGACAGCGACUACACAGUGCAGGUCAGGAGCAUCGGCCUUCGGGGCGAGAGGCCCCCAGGGCCCCAGGUGCACUUCUGGACUCUCAAGGGUUCUGACCGGCUGCCCUCCAACAGCUCCAGCCCAGGGGACAUCACCGUGGAGGGUCUCGAUGGAGAGCAGCCGCUUCAGACCGGGGAAGUGGUCAUCAUCGUGGUGGUGUUGCUCAUGUGGGCUGCUGUAAUUGGGCUGUUCUGCCGUCAGUAUGACAUCAUCAAGGACAACGACUCCAACAACAACCCCAAAGAGAAAGGGAAAGGGCCGGAGCAGAGUCCUCAGGGAAGGCCAGUAGGGACAAGACAGAAAAAGUCACCAUCCAUCAACACCAUCGAUGUGUGAGCAAACUGUUUGAGUGAAGAAACAGAACCAGAAGAGAGCUGCACUGACAACGUGGGGAUGAGGGUAGGGUCAGGGAGAGCCUAAAGUGGUGAUCUGCCCAGGACUCCCGGGGGGUAAUGCACUUCCAUGAUCUCAGGCUGGUGCCCAUCCUCAUUCCACUGUGAGUAGGCCCAGAAGGUAGGUCCCCUGGACCAGGAGAAUGGACAGCAGAUGGGUCAUCUCUUCCCAUCCCCCAGGUCCAGGGAAGAGUCACUUGUUCAACCCUAUCCCAUUAGGUCCCAAAUGGGGGCCCUGUCUCACCUGCAUCAGGACACUUGGCAUCCCCGGCUACCCCGCCAUCUUGCCUCUGGGCCUCGGAGAGGGGUGUUUCUGUGGGUCCUUAGCCUCCCCCAGCAAAUAAAAGGAAUCAACUGGGCCUAGAGGCAGACGUUACACUGCACUAGUGCAAUGUCUUCCAUGGAGCCUCUGGUGCUCCCCGUCACCUGGUAGUCCCCCAGCUGCUGGUGAUCUCACCCCUUGGACAUUUUUCCAAUAAAGGUUCUUGAACAAACUGGA